AGCUUUGCGUCCAGCUCCAGGGAGUCUUCUAACGCCGGCAGCCCGUUUGCCGGGAUCUGUCCCGGCCCCGCGCCCCACUUUCCCUCAGCGUGCCUGGCCCGCGAGAACAUUCUGACGCCCUCGGGCAACGCCCUCGACCGACCUCGCAACACUGUCCGAGCAACGCUCUUUAUUACCCCUUAUUGCCACCUGCAGAGCAGCGGCAGAAAGAGCAUGCGGGACUACGACGAGGUGACCGCCUUCCUGGGCAAGUGGGGGCCCUUCCAGCGCCUCAUCUUCUUCUUGCUCAGCGCCAGCAUCAUCCCCAACGGCUUCAACGGUAUGUCAGUCGUGUUCCUGGCGGGGACCCCGGAGCACCACUGCCGAGUGCCAGACACCGCGAACCUGAGCAGCGCGUGGCGCAACCACAGUCUCCCGCUGCGGCUGCAGGACGGCCGCGAGGUGCCUCACAGCUGCCGUCGCUACCGGCUCGAGACGAUUGUCAACUUGUCGGCGCUCGGGCUGGAGCCGGGGCGCGACGUGGACCUGGAGCAGCUGGAGCAGGAGGACUGCCUGGAUGGCUGGGAGUUCAGCCAGGACGUCUAUUUGUCCACCAUCGUGACCGAGUGGAGCCUGGUGUGUGAGGAUGAUUGGAAGACGCCCCUCACCACCUCCCUGUUCUUCAUAGGUGUGCUCGUUGGCUCCUUUGUGUCCGGGCAGCUGUCAGACAGGUUUGGCAGGAAGAGUAUCCUCUUUGCAACCAUGGCUGUACAGACUGGCUUCAGCUUCCUGCAGAUCUUUUCUAUCAACUGGGAGAUGUUCACCGUGUUAUUUGUCAUCGUUGGCAUGGGCCAGAUCUCCAACUAUGUGGUGGCCUUCAUACUAGGAACAGAGAUUCUUGGCAAGUCAGUUCGUAUUAUAUUCUCUACGUUAGGAGUGUGCACAUUUUUUGCAGUUGGCUACAUGCUGCUGCCACUGUUUGCUUACUUCAUCAGAGACUGGCGGAUGCUGCUGCUGGCGCUGACGGUGCCGGGGGUGCUGUGCGUCCCGCUGUGGUGGUUUAUUCCUGAAUCUCCCCGGUGGCUGAUAUCUCAGAGAAGAUUUAGAGAGGCUGAAGAGAUCAUCCAAAGAGCUGCAAAAAUGAACAAUGUAGCUGCCCCAGUGGUGAUUUUUGAUCCUGUGGAGCAACAGGAGCUCAACCCCUUGAAACAGCAGAAAGUUUUCAUUCUGGACCUGUUCAAGACUUGGAAUAUUGCCACAAUAACCAUUAUGUUUUUGCUGCUAUGGAUGCUAACCUCAGUGGGUUACUUUGCUCUGUCUCUCAACACUCCUAAUUUACAUGGUGAUGCCUACCUGAACUGUUUCUUCUCUGCCUUGGUUGAAGUUCCGGCUUAUGUUACAGCCUGGCUGCUACUUCGAACCCUGCCCAGGCGUUAUGUCAUAGCUGGAGUACUACUCUUGGGAGGAGGUGUGCUUCUCUUAAUUCAAUUGGUACCUGCAGAUUACAACUUCUUGUCCAUUGGUCUGGCCAUGAUAGGAAAAUUCGGGAUCACCUCUGCCUUCUCCAUGCUGUACGUCUUCACUGCAGAGCUCUACCCCACCCUGGUCAGGAACAUGGCUGUGGGGCUCACAUCUAUGGCCUCCAGAAUAGGCAGCAUUGUUGCUCCCUACUUUGUUUACCUUGGUGCUUACAACAGAGUUCUGCCCUACAUUCUCAUGGGCAGCCUGACUGUCCUGAUUGGAAUCAUCACCCUUUUUUUCCCUGAAAGUUUUGGAAUGACUCUACCAGAGACCUUAGGCCAGAUGCAGAAAGUGAAAGGGUUCAGAUCUGGGAAAAGAACAAAAGAUUCAAUGGAAAAAGAAGAAAGUCCCAAAGUGCUAAUAACUUCAUUCUGAUAAAAUUUCCACCUUAUCUGGUGAACUGAAAAACAGACCCAUAAGACUACGAAGAAACUAAAGCCUUUCCCGCUGAAAGGGACUCACUGUAAGGAUUAACGCUAAAAUGGACCUUGCUAUGGAGAAGUGCUUAUCAUACAGCAAACUUGGGGUGACUCUUCCAGAUAAGCUCCUUAGUUGACAAAACAAACCAUUUAUAGAGUCUUUCAUAUGAAUUAAUUUGUAAGAAUUUUUGAAAAUGUGUUGGUCAAGGAUUGGUAAAUCCAUACAAAGAUUAACACUCAUCUCAAAAUACAAA